UCAUAUUGACCUGUACACAUGCAGAUAUUCUGUUGUCCUGGAUCUCAUUCCCUGGACCACGUCAAAACUCGGCUACGAGUACACCAGUUACAGAAUGUUGAGGUGGGGAGUUUUAUCAACAGCCAACAUCAACAACAGAUUUAUCCCCCAGCUACUGAAAUCUCCAAGAAGUCAGGUUACAGCAAUUGCGAGUCGAAGUAUUGAAAAGGCUGAAAGUGCAGCAAAGAUGUGGAAUAUACCGAAAGUGUAUGGUAGUUAUGACGACUUAUUGACCGAUAGUGAAAUAAAUGCAGUUUAUAUUCCAUUGCCGAAUUCAUUGCAUGCUGAAUGGGCUGUGAGGGCAGCAGAGCAAGGGAAACAUUGUAUUGUGGAGAAACCUAUAACAACAAAGAUAUCUGAUGUUGAUAAAUUACAGAAAGUUGCCAAAGAACAUAAUGUCCUGAUUGUGGAAGGCUUUGUACACAUUCAUCAUCCACAGUUCAAAGCAAUUAAAGAGAAGAUUACAUCAGGCUGCAUUGGUGCUCUGCAGUAUAUGACGGGGUCAUUUUGUUUCAAAGUUGAUCAAGAAGACAAUAUAAUGUACAGUCGUGAACAUGACGGUGGUUCACUGUGGAAUCUUGGCUGCUACCCUAUAAGUUUGAUGAUAGCACUAUUGGGUGAAAGUCCACAGACUGUCACAGCCAUGAAAUGUGAAACAAAAAGUGGUGUUGAUGGUACUUGCCAUUGCAUAUUGCAAUUUAGCAAUAGCAGACAUGGCUGCAUAUCGGCAAGCUGUAUUGCAUCCAGUGGCACCAAUUUUGAAAUCAUCGGAUCAAAAGGCAAAAUAUCUCUCAACAAAAUCAGGGCAUUUCACCCAGACUGUGGUGAUAAUGCAAAUUAUUUUGAUGUUUCAGUCUCAGGAGAACCAGAAGAAAGAGUCACCGUUCCAAACGUUGAUGCAUUCCUAUCAGAAAUCACUGCAUUUGAGGCAUCAGUUUUAGAUGGUAUCUCACCAGUAGUGUCUUUGGAGCUAAGUAAAUUGAUUGUAACUACAAUUAUAGCUUUACAUAAAUCAGCUUGCCAAGGUGGCAUGCCAGUUUCUCUAUAAGAAAAAAGAUGGAAAUAUCACAAGCAGAUCAACAUUUACUAAAACAAUAUCAAUACGAUUCUAAUAGAACACCAUAACAUUACAUGUUAUAUAAAACGACAGGAAUAUGAUAUAAUUAUACAUCAGCUGUUCUGGGGUAGCCUGAAACGAUUUGCUGUUAAUGUCAAUGUACAUGUGAUAACAUGAAUUAAAAUAAUGCAGUUAACUAGUGGUAUGUCCACAUUUAAGCAGUCUGUGUAUUUUGAUCACUUUAUUUUUACAGCAUAUAGAUCACAUUUUGCAUUCAUAAUUGAUUGAACAAUGUACAUAUUUUGAUAAACUUGUUUGUAUUAAUACUGUAUGAUUAUAGUGUAACUUGUGAUAAAUUCAAAUUGUUCUAAUUUGUCACAAGAUAUAUCAUUGAUGACAUAUGCAUAUUACCCCGGUAUUGACUUUUACUAAACAAGUCAUUGUCAAUGACACG